CUUGCAUGUGUCUGUUCGGGAAUGGCAGAUGCUGAGAGGUCCAGCGUUUACAUUACCGGCUAUUUCAAAGUGACAGCCUGAGGUGUUCUUCAGUAAAUUGGACUACCAGACAGGAGGACCUGAGGCCCCACCGUAUUAUUUUCGUCAGGUGCCGAUGUUUGUGCAGAUCCAGCAGAAGUGGAGGCGGAUGUAUGCCGGAGAGUGCAAAGGACCAGGCGUGCGCACCGACUUUGAGAUCGUUCACCUGCGUCGAGCGCCCGUGCAGUACAACCACCUGUCCGGCCUGCUCGACAUCUUCAAAUCUAAGAUAGGUUGUUCCCUGUUCCCUCUGCCUCCAGUCAACAUCGCCAUUCGCUUCACCUACGUGCUCCAAGACUGGCAGCAGUAUUCAUGGCCACAGCAGCCUCCAGGUGAGGCUGUGACAGAGCUCUUUAAACUCUGCUGUAGGACUGAGUGUACAGAGGAGAUUCCUGGAAGAGGAUACGCUGAAGAUGAGGGCAAAGAAAACAGUGAUAUCAGCUCUGCUUUGUCCAAGCUGACCGAGCCAGCAGCAACUGUGCCCAUUUCCAAACUGUCUGUCUCCAACAUGGUGCACAGUGCCCGGAAGCACAUUCGCCGCCAUCGACGCAUCGAUGAGUCGCCCCUUAACACCGAGAUACUCAAUUCUGUCCUUCUGAUGCUGCUGUGGAGAAGUCUGACUGUAAGAAUAACACUCAGCUGUCCAACUCCAGUGGGACAUCGGAGCAAGAGAAAACCUCUGAUUAUAACCUUUUCCACCAGCUGAAGUCGGCCCCCAGUGACAGUCUGACCUACCGUCUGGCUCUGUGUGUGUGUCUGUUCAACUAUUACUACGGUGGGCUGCGGGCUGUUCUCUAAGUAAAUAUAUUUCUAAAGGUGCUUUGAUGUGAAAUUAUCACCAGAUGUCGGUAACAACACUUCCAAUCCAGACGUGCAAAGGAAUCAAACCACAGAUGAAGUUGUGUAAUAAUACAAAGUGACACAGGGACAUUUAUUUAUUACUUUAUACAAAUGUUGGUGAUGACAGUUCAUGGCAGCGUCUGUAUGGAGAAACCAGUCCCAUCAUUGCUCAUGACUUUGACCCACUCACCACACAAACAGUCUAUAAAUCCCGAAUGCUCCGUGGAUCCUUCCCACAGAUUCAGCUCAGGUGAUUGGCUGGGCCGUUCCAGCAGCUUUACUUGAUUUCUCUGAAACCAACCGUUUCCAUUGGCUGUGUUUGUGAUCAUGGUCUUGCUGAAACAUCCAUCCUUGUUUCAUCUUCAUCAUCCUGGUAGAUGGCAGCAGAUUCUAAUCAACAAUGUCUCCAUUCAUCCUUCCUGGAGUUAUGUUUAAUGUCUCAGUGCUGUACGCUGAAUAAACAGCCCCCCCCCC